AUGAGAAAAGUUGUACCAAACACCACCAGCACCCUCUCUCAGCUGUCCGAGCUCGUGCUCGCGUGCGGUUUCAGAGGACACGGAAGCGCUGGAGAAGGUGCCUCGUUGUUACGACGGCGUACAUCUUCAUCGUUGGCGUCGUCGUCGUCAUCAUCAUCAUCAUCAUCAUCAACAACAACAACCAUAGCGCAAAAGAGGAGUAAAAAGCAAAUGCAAAACGACAGAAGAAGUAGUAGUUUUGGGAUUAAAAAUUCGUCGGUGCCCAGGAAUCGAUACGCGCGCGAUGGAGCGCGCGCGAUUGGAACUAUAGUCAAGGAACAGUACGAUAGCCAAUGGAAUAUGAAUUCGCAUCAUCGCGCGCGCGAUUUCCACUCGUGCGCGCCCGCGUGUGGGAAACGAAAUUCUGCCCCGAACACAGCUUCAACAAGUAAAGACGACAGGAGCAGCAGCAGAAACAAGGGUGAACCUUCUCGGGUUGGACCGAGAGUGAACAACGACAUCACCUCAAAAUUUGUAAGAUUAGUGAAUGAUCCGGGAAGAGAAGACGAGCAUAGCGAAGAUAAAUCUACAACCCACGAAAUUCUAUCCAUCGAGAAGGCUUUGCUGAAGGCAAAUAGGGCAAAUCUGGAUCUCGUCGAGGUGAAUCCAAACGCAUCGCCGCCUGUGUGCCGACUGAUAGAUUACGAAACAUACCGUUUUGAACAGAAGAAGAGGGAAAAAGAACAAAAGAAAAAACAGCUCCUGAGGAAAAAGAGCGACGUAGUACGCGAAUUAAGAAUUACCUCUAGAAUUGACGACCAUGAUUUGAGUAAGAAGACAGAAAAUGCGAAUAAAUUCUUGCUUGAAGGACACAAAGUCCUGUUCCGUAUCAACUUCAAAAAUGCUCACGACGAGAUCGGACUUGACAAACGUUUGACAAAAGGUAAAAACGUGAUGAAACGAGUGCAAGGUUGGUUGCAAGAUUAUGAACUCGAGAAGGAACCAGGUAUGGUCGGUCCCAAUAGCUGUACUAUGAUGAUUCGACCUAUGAAAAAAAAGGUGUAG